AGGAAACCGCAGCUAUUAAUUGUGAUCAAUACUACGAAAAAACAGAGCAAUACAAAUUGCAACAUGUAUGUACGUUAGAAGCAUUUUACAUUAAAGCCACGCACAAGGCUCUACUGAUUUCUAAAUAAACGUUGGGUGUCGGGCUAUCACCCGCAUAUCUUGUACAUCGACAUAGUAUUUGGUAGUGGUUCAGUUGCGCGCGCGCGCCGCGUGAAGCCUAUCGGGUCACAGCGCACGCGCAGUGCUUGCUCUACCCGCGCGCAUGACGCCCGCGUUUGCACCGCACCAUAAUAUCCCGCGCACCACAAGUGACAAUCGAUGUGACCUUGAAUAAAAAUGUUGUUACCCUGUCGUCCAAACAUUGGGAGGCAGUACGUGAAGUGAUUACAUAAUAAUGCCGGAGUGCACGGAACAGUUCACAUUCACCAUACCCAUUAUACGUUACACCAUGGAAGCUGAAGACAGACCAUCGGAUGCAGAGCGCCAGCAGCUCACUAAGAAGAUGUCGUUGUUGACCCCUGUAAAAAUCGAGACUCCUGACUGCGGUAGAAGUGGCAGGAGAUCCUCUGAACCCACCAAGUAUUACAUACCUCCACAGUGCAAUAACAGACUAUCCCCUAGGAGUGCGCGUAAACGAGAUACUAGGAGGAACUCUAAGACUGGUGUUAAGGAUGACUCUCCAACUAAAGAGAGUUUUGGCCCAAAGCCGUGUAACUGUGAGGACUGUAGGGCCUCGAGUCCGUUACCGCCGGGGUACGGUCCACAGACAAUGUCCCCUGGUUACGACCAGAUGAAGAUGUCCCUAUUAGAAGUGCCGUGGACUGAGGAUUACACGGAGGCGUCCAGUGAUGAUCUUAGUUCGGAGUGGGAUUCUGAUGUUCCUGAGCCAGCACCCCCUAAGCAAUCUGAAAGAUGGCGUAAACUCCGUAAUAUCGUGCAGUGGACGCCGUUCUUUCAAACAUAUAAGAAGCAGCGGUAUCCUUGGAUCCAGCUUGCUGGUCAUCAAGGCAACUUCAAGGCUGGACCUGACCAAGGCACAAUCCUGAAGAAACUGUGUCCGCAAGAAGAGAGGUGUUUUAAGAUUCUGAUGAAAGACGUUCUUCGGCCGUUCGUACCUGAAUACAAGGGACAAGUCACCUGCGAAGACGGAGAAUUGUAUUUACAACUACAAGACUUGUUGAGCGAUUUCGACAGUCCUUGCGUCAUGGACUGCAAGAUUGGAGUCAGGACGUAUUUGGAGGAAGAGCUGGCCAAGGCUAAGGAGAAGACCAAAUUGAGAAAAGAUAUGUACGAAAAGAUGAUCCAGAUAGACCCUAAAGCGCCAACGGAGGAAGAGCACAGGAGCAAAGGCGUUACGAAGCCAAGGUACAUGAUCUGGAGGGAGACCAUCAGUUCUACUGCGACCCUCGGCUUCAGGAUAGAUGGUGUCAAGAAAGCUGAUGGCACUAGCUCCAAAGACUUUAAGACUACUAAGACUAGAGAACAAAUCGUUGAAGCUUUCAAAGACUUUACCAGUAACUUUCCUAAUGCUGCGCCGAAAUACUUAGAAAGACUGAGGAGCAUCAGGGAUACACUGAAAGAGUCAUCGUUCUUCAGAUCUCACGAGCUCAUCGGCAGCUCCUUACUCUUCGUCCACGACAAAAGAAGGGCUUCUAUCUGGAUGAUAGACUUCGCAAAGACUGUUCCCGUUCCAGAUAAUGUCAAUAUAGACCACGAUUCUGUUUGGAAAGUUGGCAACCACGAAGACGGCUACCUCAUUGGACUGAACAACCUUAUUUCAAUCUUCGAAUCUCUCAGUAAGGACGACAAUGGUAACAUAGACCAGUGCUAUUCUGACGUAAGCUUAGAAAAAAAUGUUCGAAAGGACAGUUUUGAUACCUGAAGUAUCAAGGCUUGAGAGAAAUCUCAUGAGAAUUGACUGUGCACCGUGAUGUUGUACUGUUAUGCAUUUUCAGUAGUAAUACUGAGCUGUACAGAUUUGAUGGCAUGUUUAUGCGACGCUGAACUUAGCGUGAAUGAAGUGACGUACAUACAGUGUGAAAAUUUAAUAUUUCCCUGUAAAGCAUGCGUGGAUUGAAAAGUACUAAGUUGAUCAUCGCAAAAACAUGUCAAAUGAGACGAUCUUUGUGAUCGUACCCGUUCACGACUAUGUACCUAUACUUAUUAUAUAUUUCUUGUAAAUAAUCCAUAGUAUUAUAAAUAUAUUUGUAGCGUUAAGUUUUAAAUACUCAAUGCUAGCGUUAGAUUUGGGCACCACCAAUAGUGUUAAUGUAUUUGUUUCUGUAUUGAGUUAUUUGUAAAAAAUUAUGCUAAGGUUAUUUCAAGUACCUAAUGACUUAUUUGAACCUGAUUCCGAUCAAUAAAGAACAAAUUUAUUAUUACUAAUGUAAAAGAACUGAAAUACAGAACUUUAUGUAUGAUUCUCCAUUUUUAUCCUAAGUUUUAUCAUAGAACUUUCAUGAAAUCAUAAUAGUUGAUUUAUUAGCAGAUAUUUAUUUUGUUUUAAGUACACUAUAUUAGUGUAAUGACUAAAUGGAAGUCAAUAUCGUAAGUUUAAAACAAUCUAAAGGUACUAAAUAAAAAAUAUUUCUCGUCAGUUUUGUUUAUUUUUAUUUCACAUCCUGGCUUAUGAAAUCUUCAUUUAUUAUAACAUGGUUUUUGAACAUUCUCUUUCAUUAUAGUGAAAUUAAACAUCUCAAGCAAACAUAAUUUACGUCCAUUUUCUGAGGAAUAAGCAGCAGUCUUAUAAUUCUAAUCGAUAUACAGUAUACAGUGCAGUAUUUUACGACAUCAAUGCAUAUUGUUUGUAGAUAUCAAAUAGAUUGUAUUAAUCAUACUACAUCCAAUAAAAAUAUAGACGAUGCAUUUUAAAAUUGAUUUUAGGAAUCACAAUAAAACGACUAUCAACAAUUGGACGGCUUAUAUUCAUCACUUACUUAAUCCUAACUUAAAUUAAAUAAAUUACAAUUUUAAAUAAUUACUCUCUAAAUUUGCUAAAAGGCACUUUGUUACGUAUUGUCUUUGUCUUUAAAGUUGUCUACAACUAUAUCAGUUAAACUACAACGUCUUGAGUCUGCUUCUUCUGCGUUAGCGCUUUCUCGUCGCAUACGAGAGAAGAGUCUUGGCACAGGACCUGUACUCGAUCGGCCCGCAUCAGGAGGAGCGGGGGAAUACCUCCUUGUUCGAGGUUUGAUAACCUCUUCUCCACCUUCAGUCUCUGAAUAAGGAGGUGGUGGCUGCUGCAGCAUGGACAUCCUAGUCUCCCGCGCAGCAGUAGCUGUUGGUAUUUGUAACUCUGCCCCAGCGACCACAGUUGCUAGUGUAGGAGUAAACUGUGGAGCGGCAGCUCUUGCAGACACCCUUCUUCGUCGUGGGCCAGAAUCAUCCACACGCCUUGACUUAUUGUCUUCAAGGCUAUCCCUGCUAGGAGGCGUAGGUAUUGAAAAAUCUGGCCUAAUUGACCCCCGUCUUCUAGAUGCAACAGCGCUCGGCUCAGUUAUGAAGUCAAGUAAUCCAGGAGGAUCGUUAGACGAUCCGGCUGCAGUUUCCAAAACAGCUAAGGCUCUGAGGAGAUCAGCCACACUCGUGUUCUCUAAUACUUCAACUUGUUCGGCUUCAGGAAGACUAGUUAUGUUUACAUCAGGGUCAAACAGACUCGGGCGACCGUGCCUUGUUCUGUUCCUGUAACGCUCUAAAUCACUUGUUGUCUGUGCCGGUUCUUCUAGGGACCUAUUACGGUUAAAUCGCUUUUGGUUAUUAAAUUGCCUGAUAGUGGAUUCUAAAUCUCCUGCACAUGUUUGUGGUGAACUAUUUUUACGAGUUCCACCAAAUGAUGGGAACAAGCUUCCACGGCCAGAACGAGUUUUGUUUUUGUAAUCGACUAAUUCGUCUGAACUUUCCGGCAUGACGUCGUCAUCAUUUUUCUUAGAGCGCCCAAAUGAAGGGAAUAAGCUAAGGCGUCCUUUUUUCGUACGAUUUUGGUAUUUUUGCACUUCGUCUUCAUCUACAGUGUCUUCAUCAUUACUAGUAGGACUAUUAAAAUUGAAACUGGGGAAUAUACUUCGCCUACCGCGUUUAGUUUUUUCUCUAUAGCGUUCUGCAUCGUCCUCAGGAUCACUGAAGUCAAACGUAGGGAAUAUGCUCCGACGACCGGACUUCGUUCUGUCUUUGUAUGCUUUAGCAUCUUCAUCUUCACUGAAAUCGAACGUAGGAAAAAUACUGUGUCUUUUAGACUUUUGCUGAUAAGCUCUAACAGCUGCUGCAUCCUCAUCUUCAGAAAAAUCGAAUGUCGGAAAAAUGCUAUGUCUUCCACGACUAGUUUUUUCAAGGUAAGCAUUAGCUAGAUAAUCUUCUUCUUCAUUAUUAAAAUCAAACGUUGGAAAGAUGCUGUGUCUACCUCUUUUUGUUUUUUCUUUAUAAGCAUCUGCGUCAUUUCUUUCUUCAGAUCCAAAGAAAGAGGGAAAUAAGCUUCCGCGUCUGGACUUAGAUGUGUUAGAGGUAUCUUUGAUAUUUUCGUUAAUUGCUUGAGGAGUUAAGUUUUCAUUAGAACUUGUUUUACGCGAGAAAAAUCGUGUUAUAAUAUUUUGAGAUGGAGCUGCAUCCUCAGGAUAGACUUUAGAAGGCAGUGACAAUUUUCCACUUCUUAUAUUAGCUUCUCUCCUGAAUUUUUCUGCCGAUUCACCGUUAGUCCAAGUAUGCUCGUGAACUUCUUGGGGAAUAUAUUCCUUUUUGUAAUUAGGCACAGCUACACUUAAUGCUCUUGUUCGUUUUGGAUUGUUUGGUAUAUAAUCUUGACCUAUGCUAAACUUAGGAGGCCUUUCAUUUGCCAAGAUAUGUUCAUCGUCAAAUAGAUGGACACCUUUAUCAUUGCGAUCUUUCUGGGCCUGUUCUAAUCCACCCAAUACAUUUACUACACGAGCCAGAAGUUCAGCAGGUUUGACAAUAGCGGAGGCAGUAAAAGUUUUCUCUUUAUCAAUACCAAGUAAAUCGGUAUCAGAUUGAAUUCGGAGCAUGUCUUUCGCAGAAAGUUGAAUAUUUUCGGAAUUCGCUCGUUUUCUUUUGUAGAUUGGCCCUCUCGGUUCGACGUCAUAUGUGAAAAUGGGACAGCUUGCGCUCCGGUACAUCGGAGGAUGUGCUUCUACAUAAACUGGCUGAAACAAUAAAAAAAAU